UUAUACAUGUACUUCCACUGGCACUGGUAUUUUCACUUCAGUUCUUCAAGUCUUAUUUCAUCGACUUUCCUUUAGCUAGCUAUGGAGCCUUCCGCCAAACGUUCCCGUCCCGGCCGUCUCGAGGGAAAAGUCAUCCUCGUUUCUGCUGCUGCUCAAGGCAUUGGGAGAUCUACAGCACUUGCAUUCGCUGAGGAGGGUGCAUUGGUGCAUGCAACAGACAUCAACACUGCCAAGCUGGAGGAAAUGAAUGGCAUGCCAGGUAUUUUCACACACAAACUUGAUGUGUGCUCUACUGAAGAGGUUAACAAGUUGGUAGAAUCGCUGGAUCGCGUUGAUGUGCUGUUCAACUGUGCCGGAUAUGUUGCCAAUGGAACACUACUUGACUGCACUGAGGCUGACUGGGACCGAUCAUUCAACAUCAACGUGAAGAGCAUGUAUCGCACAUGUACCGCUGUCAUUUCCAAGAUGUUGAAGCAGGAUCAGUCUGAGUCAGGCGUGCGUGGCUCCAUUAUCAACAUGGCAUCUGUUGCAUCCAGCAUCAAAGGUGCCCCUAACCGAUGCGCCUACGGAGCAACCAAGGCAGCCGUGAUUGGCCUGACUAAGGCCAUUGCGGCCGACUUCGUUGAGAAAGGCAUUCGCUGCAACUCCGUGUGUCCAGGUACCAUCCACACACCUUCAUUGGAGGACCGCAUGCGCGCCCAGGGUGAUUUUGAGAAGGCGUAUGCUGCAUUUGUAGCCCGUCAGAAGAUUGGCCGCCUGGGCAAGCCAGAAGAAGUGGCCGCUCUCUGUGUUUAUCUUGCGUCCGAUGAGAGUGCAUUUGUCACUGGCCAGGAGAUGGUGAUCGAUGGCGGCUGGAGUGUGUGAGCACCCAACACCCAAGCAGCACACCCGUAUACGCAUGACCCAGGGCAGCAGCAUUUGCUGGGAUACGUGCACUUGCCUGUGUGGAGUUACCGGCGCUUUCCUCUGCAUGCUGGAUCUCCCGACUCUUAGUAAUGUUUGUGCCACGGUCAGGUACGAAUGAACAUGGAUUGAUCUGUUAGUACCGCCAGCUUCUACUGCUGUGCCCUUGUUUUUGGCCACCAUCUCUCUAGUGCCUUGUAGAUCUUUCUUUUGAAAUUCAACUCCCGCAGUCGAUUGUAAUUUAUUUAUAGUAAUUUCUAAUUACACAUUGCAACAGUGGGCAAAGGCUAUGCGGGGACCAAGCACUCUCGAUCUCAGCAUACUGGGCGCAAACCGUUUGUAUUUAUAGCACUUGUAAUUAGUUCGAUUUGCACCAACGAAUGCCCACCGUAUACUUUAUAAAUAUACAGUUUUUACAAUUUUGAA